CAGGUAAAUCUCGGCCAGCAGGCGGCGCACCUGAGCCACCUGAGCGAGCGGGGCAGCCAGCCUUGUUUGCAGCAGGCGCAUUCCUCGGCUUCAGUCACGGUCGGGCCGGCGAGUGCGAGAGUGCGAAUAUUCGAGUGCUGCGCGACAACAUGCGGAGGUGACGUGCGGAAAAACCCCAACAACUGCUGCUGCUGCUGCUGCUGGACUUUUCAGAUUAUUUGCGAGAAGAAAAAGGAAGGCACAGAAAGGAAGGAAAAAGGACGGUGGCAUCCAUCAAGGACGCUCGAGACGAGACACUCCUCUCUUGAAAGCAGAAUGUUUGCGCGUGUGGUGCUACUCGUGGUGCUGGUGGCCGGCGGUCCGUGGUCGGCGCUGAGCCAGCAGGCCAGCAGCCAGUCGGGCGAGGAGGCGUGCGCCGACCUGCUGACGGAGCUGCGCCACCCUUGCACCUGCAUCUACGACGACACCGAGGAACUCGAGCUCGAACUCGACUGCGACCGCGUGGUGUUCGGCGCCGACUUCCCCACCAUCCCCUUCGGCGCCGCGCUGCGCAGCUUCAGUCAGCGCCACGUGGGUCUGCAGGGCGUGCCCGCGCAGGCCUUCUCUGGCCGCCAGAUCGGCCUCGUGCGGCUCGACUUCUCGGACAACCUUCUGCGCCGACUCGCCGACAAGGCCCUGGACGGCGUCAGGGACACCCUCAAGGAGCUGGUGCUCAGGGAUAAUUUGCUCGGCGACACCCUCAACCCCAUCUUCAGCAGCUCGGAGCUGCACGGACUGACCAAUUUGCUGGUGCUCGACCUCAGGGGAAACCACCUGAGGGGACUCGAAGCCGGGUUUCUCAAGGGAUGCCCUAAUCUGCAGGAGUUGCUUCUGGAUAGGAACUUGCUGCCUGGCGUGCCCAGCUCGUCGCUCAACGGCCCCAAGAUUUUGAAAGCCAUAACUUUGUCGCACAACAGAAUAGACAUAAUCCGGCGCGACGCGUUCUGGGCGCAGCCUCGGCUCGAGUUAAUCGACCUGAGCUCGAACGGCAUCCGUGUGGUCGAAGGUGGUGCCUUCGUCGGGCUGACCAAGCUCAGGGCACUCAGGUUGCCGCACAACCGCCUCACCCGGCUCAGCAGCGACACUUUCCAGGGCGGUGACGGCUUGGAGGUGCUCGACGUCGCCGAAAACUUCCUCAGCGACUUCCCGACGCUGGCGCUCAAGCCGCUGGCCAAACUGCGAGCGCUCAACCUUUCCGCCAAUUUGAUUCAAACCUUGAACAACGCCGAUCUCGCGUCGCACGCCGACCUGGAAAUUCUCGACCUGAGCCGCAACUCGCUGGCGUCUCUGGCUCCCGGCACGUUUGUCGGCCUACGCAAGCUGCGAAAAUUGUACCUGCAUGUCAACUCUCUGCGAACGAUCGAGGAUGACACCUUCGAAGGACUGGAAAAACUCGAGUUUUUGUCUCUGGAAGACAACAACGUGCUUUUGGUGCCCACCUCCGCCCUCGGAAGGCUGCCCCGCCUGGCCGCCCUGAACCUGGGAUUCAACAGGGUGGCUGCCCUGAACGAAGCUUUGCUCAAACCCGCUGCCCACGUGCAGAUGUUGUCUCUGCAGUACAACGUGAUUCGGGAAAUCCCCUCAAACGCCUUCUCCAACUUCUCUAGACUGACGAAACUCGACCUGAGCGGCAACCAGCUGCAGGUCGCGUCCCCUGCAACGUUUUCCGGCCUGGAAGCGACCUUGGAGGAGCUGCUUUUGCAGGAGAACAAAAUCGUCAGUCUCAGCCAGCUGGCGCUUCCGGCCCUGCGAAAACUCAACCUCGCGCGCAACCAGCUCACGGAGGUUCAGGGUGGCGCCCUGAGACUGCUGCCGUCCUUGGAGGAGCUCGACCUGAGCGACAACCCGCGGCUGACCACUUUGCCGCAGGCGCCGUUCGCCGGGUUGGGUCGUCUGGCCUUCCUGGACCUGAGCAACACCGGCCUCACGCAGCUGACCCCCGGCCUCCUGGUCGGCCUCGGAGGCCUUCUCAAGGUCAACAUGGCCAACUGCAAGAUCUCGGAACUGCAGGAGAGGGCGCUCAGCGUGUUGCCACAAUUGGAAUCGCUCGAUUUGAGCGGAAACGAAAUCGGCAACAUCAAGCCGGCCGCUUUCGACAACCUUCCUGCCCUGAGAGUGCUCGACCUGUCCAAGAACAAGCUCAAUUCGUUCAAGGGAGAAAUCUUCAGAAACCCCGAAGAUAAGAGCUCCAACAUCGAAGAUCUGAACCUGUCGGAGAACGAACUGAGCUACCUUUUCCCCAGCUCGUUCAGCUCGCACCCCAACCUGGUGCGAAUGCAAGUGCAGAACAACAAAUUCACCUUCUUCCCCACGGAGCUGCUGUCCGGGCUGAGGAGGCUCGAGUACAUCGACCUGAGCAACAACCAGCUCUCCUCCGUGGACGAGCUCAACUUCGCCAGUUUGCCGAGGCUGAGGAGCGUCGUCCUCAAGGACAACAAAAUCGAGCACUUCAGCGAAGGCGCUUUCAGAAACUCGAGCCAGAUUCAGUUCAUCGACGUGUCCGGCAACAAGCUCAACAGGAUCGAGGAGAGGACCUUCGAAGGGCUCAACCGUCUCGUUCUAAAUUUGGACGACAACCAGCUGAACGAUUUGCCUGAAACGCUAUUCGAUCGCAGCAAAGUGCAAAUUUUGGAAGAAAUCGGUCUCUCCGCCAACAAAUUCGAGAUGGCGCCGCUGGCCGCUCUGCAGCGUCAGUACUUCUACCUGAAUAAGGUCAACUUGGCCAGCAACAACAUCAUGAACCUGCCCGCCGACGACACCAUGCUGGUGAACAUUAAAAAUCUGGACUUGUCGUUCAAUCCCCUGUCGGCCGAGUCUGUCAAUUCUCUUCUGGUCGAACCGAAAACGGUGCGGCAACUCAACCUGGCAGGCACCGGCAUCAGGUCUCUGCCGGACGCCCUGGAGACGCCGUUCCUCAGGUUCCUCAACAUUUCCCAAAACAGCAUCACCUCCAUUCCGUCCUCAACUUUCUUCCGCGCAACCCUGCUCGAAAAACUGGACAUUUCUAACAACAAGCUGACUAAAGGCACCAUUCCGCCCCUGACGAACCUGCAAGAGCUCGACAUGUCCAACAACCCCAUCGAAAUCAUCCACCUCACAGACCUGGCGAACGCAACAAACCUGAGAGUCUUGAAAAUUAAAAACCUGGAGUUCCUCAGUCGUCUGGAGGCUGGAGCUCUGCAGCCCUUGUCCAACCUGGACGAGCUGCAGGCGUACGGCUACCCCCGGCUCGGAUAUUUGGAUGUCAAGGGCAUUUUGUCGUUACUGCCGCCUUUGGAAAAACUGGACAUCGAAAUGAAGGACGCUUCCUUGAGCGACCAGCUUGCCGCCGCCAGACACCCAAGAAUGCGGGAGAUUGGACUCAGGGGACCAAGAGUGCAACAGGUUGCGUCGAGCGGGCUGUUGGCCAGCAUGACGGCGCCGUCCCUGAUGGUGCGUCUGCGCGACACCGCCUUGACCUCCCUGCCACCUUCGCUGCUGCUGCCGGUGCCGCGCUCCACGCAGCUCACCCUGGACGUGGCCAACAGCCAGCUGAGCUCGCUGGCCGGCCCGCUGCUGUCGGCGCUGGACUCGCGCAAGAACCGGCUGCACGUGCUCGGCAUCGAGGACAACCCGAUCAAAUGCGACUGCAACUCGAUGCUCUUCCAAAGGUGGCUGGUGGCGCACCCUGACGUGCCGCAGGUCAAGUGCGACGGCCCGGCCGAACUGCGGGGACAAGUGCUGCAGGCGCUGCCCGAGGAGGAACUCAUCUGCGGCGUGCGCACCACUAGGCCGGCGCCGCCGACGACGACGCCGGUGCCGACGACCGAGCGGACGACCGCCGAGCCGGAAAUCAUCUGGUCGGUGGCGCCGACCGCCGCCAAGCCGCGCAGCGAGGAGCCCAAGCCGACGCAGCGGCCGAUCAAAUCAGCCGGCAGCGCCAGCUCGAUCGCCAACGACGACACCCUGAUCAUCGGCAUCGUGGGCGGCGUCGUCGCCUUCAUCCUGCUGCUCAUCAUCAUCAUCUGCAUCGCGCGCUGCCGCAUGUCCAGCAACAGCCGGUACCAAGGCGGCCCGCUGGCCGCGCCGCCCAUGUUCCCGAUGCCGCCGGCGUGCACGUGCAUCAAGCCGCCGCCGCCGUCCAGCAUCUACAUGAGUCCGUACAGCGCCAAGGGCUACCCCCCGGCCUCCGCAGGACAGCCCUACUACGUCGGCUACCCGCCGGAGGAGGUCGGAAUGUACAACAUGCACAACAUGGACAUGCACUACGCCGAGAGUGUGCGCGAGAGCAUGCGCGGCAACGAGCAGUGAAAAUAACAAACCACAAAUUUACCAGUUGCGUAAGCCGUUAGUGUUCGAAGGUGCCAACAGAUGGCGCCACCGUAUAAUUUCGUUAUAUAAUUAA